AUGGCUACUGCGGCACCAAGCCAGGCCAAUGUGGCCGUCAAUGGCCCUACACCCCAGAAUAUCCCACAGAAUGCAGGACAAUCCCAAGCGUCUUUGCCUGCCCUUCCUGUCAACGCCGGACACGACGGAGGCCUGGAUCCUGCAAGCAGACAAAGAGUGCACCAAGUCCUUUCAUCCGACGAUUUUGCCGCGUUCCUGAAAGAGAGAUCUGCCCUCGAGGACAAACAUGCUUCGGCACUAAGAAAACUGAGUCGAAACACUCACGACCUUAUAAGAAGACCCGAAGGCAGGCAGGGUUCUUUCGCACAAAGCUAUGAAGAACUUACGAGGAUACACGAUCGAAUGGCCGAGCACGGCCUCCAAUUCUCAAGCACGCUUCAUACCAUGGCAGAUGAACUCUCUGAACUAGCAACCAAUAAUGAUAAAGCCCGAAAACAUUGGAAGCAUGAAGGUCUCAGCGCAGAGAAACGAGUCGAAGAUGCAAAGAACGCGGUGACAAAAGCGGAAAGCAAAUACUAUGCGUUGGCAGAACAAUAUGAUCGGGCCAGGACUGGAGAGAGCCAGUCAGGGAAGAUCAUCGGCUUCAAGAAGUCUCCGGCACAGCACGAGGAAGACCUUCUUCGGAAACUCGAAGCGUCUGACGCUGACUAUAAUGCUAAAGUCCAGUCGGCGCAGACUCAGCAACAGGAACUCACGAGUACACUGAGACCACAGACAGCAAGAGCUUUACAAGAAAUUAUCCGGGAGACGGAUGCUGCGCUGGGUGUCCAGAUACAGAAAUAUGCCGUCCAGAGUGAGAAACUUCUUCUCAGCUAUGGACUGACUGUUACGCCGGUCAAGGGACAAAAUUCUGGAGAUGCUCCUGCACGUGGUCUCCGAGAGGUGGCGUCGGGCAUUGACAAUGAUAGGGAUUUCGCCGAAUAUGUCGUGGGCUUCAGUGACAAAGCUGGAAACGGUCCUGACAUCAAGUACGAGCAGCACCCAUCACUUUCACCUAAAACGCAGAUGCAUACACAGUCAUUCAAUCAAGCAAACCCUUACGCAAAUAACAAUCAAGGCCCACAACAAUCCGGUAUCGUAACGUCUCAGCAAAACACAGCACCUACUGGAGCACCUCAAUUGCCUCAGAUUCAGAGCCUAGGACUGAACUCAGGGGCUCCUGCUCAGAAUGGAGCGCCUCCUCCGAAUGCUGGUGCUGUCCGCCCUCCAAUGGGCUCACCUCAGCUAAGCAGUUCAAGUCAACCACGGGCUCCAAGCCCUAACCCAGGCGCUGCUCCGAUGGACAGAGGUCAAGCACCGCUUGGACAGCAUCCGGUGGUUCGGCCUGCAGGUACUCCUGGUCCGACAGGGCAGUCGCCACAAGGUGUAGGACGUGGAGCCCCGCCUCCAGGUCAACAAGAUCCGCCACCACAGGGCCUAGGACGUGGUGCUCCCACCUCUGGACAGCCAGGCAUGGCGCCUCAAGGUGUCGGUCGAGGCGCUCCAGGGCCUGGAGGUCAACAAGGUGUGCCACCACAAGCCGGUCGCGGCGCUCCGGGUCCUGGUAUGCCGCCACAAGGUGCAGGUCGAGGAAUACCGCUAGGCGCGGGCCGAGGAGCGCCUCCACCAGGAAUGGGAGUAGGACGAGGUGCUCCAGGUACAGGGCCACCUCCAGGUGCAAUUCGAGGUGCUCCAGCCCCUGCACCUCAACAAGGAGCUCCGUCGAUAGGCGCAGGCCGUGGUGCUUCUAACGGGGCAGCUGCACCCGCAGUAAGAGCUGGACCUCCCGUCCGGCCUGUCUUCGGCAUCUCCUUGGAAAAUCUGUUCCGGCGGGACGGCUCUGCUGUACCGACCAUCGUCUACCAGUGCGUGCAAGCCGUCGAUCUGUAUGGCCUCGACGUGGAGGGUGUGUACAGGACGUCCGGAUCCGCCCCGCAUAUCAUGGAAUUGAGGCAGAAGUUUGACCAUGAUGCUUCCGCCAUCGACUUCCGCAAUGCCGCUAACUUCCACAACGACAUUGCCUCCGUGACGACCUUGCUCAAGCACUUUUUGCGUGAUCUGCCCGAUCCAUUGCUCACGGCGGCAUCAUAUCAAGCAUUCAUUGAUGCUGCUAAGAUCGAGGACGACAUUGUUCGCCGAGAUUCAGUCCACGCUUUGAUCAACGGCUUGCCUGACCCCAAUUAUGCUACUUUGCGGACACUGGUUCUGCAUUUGAACAGAAUCGCACAGCACAGUGAGAAGAACAAGAUGACGCAUAGUAAUCUGGCUAUUGUGUUUGCCCCGACACUAAUGGGUCAACAAGGUGGCGGCGGUGCCAACAGUCAAGCUCCCGGUGGUGGCGCUGAUAUUGCGGACGCCGGGUGGCAAGCGAAGGUCAUCGAGACGAUACUCAACAAUACUUUCCAGAUUUUCGACGACGAUGAGUGA